AUUUUAUCAAUCAGACGCUUCUGACUAACACUUAUAUUGCAAACCCCAACUUUCACUUUCUCCUCUUCUUAUUAUUACUUACCAUUACUCGCUGAUAAAUCCUCAACUUUAUCAAAAUGCGUUUUUACGUUACCGCCGCGGUUAUUUCUGCUCUUUGUUCGGCCGUUAUCGCCACCCCUGGCCAUGGAAACACCCUCGCCAUCCUCGAAGCCCGCCAGCCCGUUUCCAAAACCGCCAAGUCAUACGCUAAAGAGAGACCCUCCAGAGCCAAAGAGUGCAGUCAGGUCGGAGAGUACUGUUACAAAUCUGAAGACUGCUGUGGCACAUUGCUUUGUGGUGGUGAUGGGUGUUUUGUAUCCAAAUAUUCAGCAUAAACGAACGUAUGGGUUGAGAAAUCGGGAUUGAUAAAACCGGCGCGGAGGUUUAUUACCUUUGACUUGGUGUAUCUGGCCAUUGCCUGGAUUCCUGUCAAUUAAUUAGCAAGCAAAGGUACUUACUUAGAUUGACCUGGUCGGAUUUAAUCCUGUCUUUUCAACAAUCGUAACGUUCAUAUUGCA